AUGAAAGUCAUUACAUGGAACUGUCAAGGAGCAGCGUUUAAGAAUUUCAUUAGAGCUGCCAAAUGGAUCUUGAAUAAGCAUCACCCGGAUAUUUUCUAUCUUGUGGAAACGAAGACAUCUGGUUCUAAUGCAGAUUCUGUGUGCAUUAAGCUUGGGUUUGAAAAGUGGGCGAGGGUUGAAGCUCUCAGGUUUAGUGGAGGAAUCUGGUUUCUUUGGUCGAAUGCCUGUCAGAUUGAGGUUCUGAAUUCUCACCCCCAAUUUGUGCAUAUGGUUAUUAAGGAAAAUACUGGGAGAGUGUGGAACUUAUCGGUAGUAUAUGGCAGCCUAGCCCCCCACCUCCGACGUCGUCUUUGGAAGUCGUUAUGUAGGGGAAAGGUGGUGGUUAAUCAUCCCUGGCUGAUUGCAGGUGACUUCAAUGCCAUCACUAGUAACGAUGAAUGCACGAGUUAUAAUAGUUCGGGGACUUAUAGAAAUGGGGAUUUUAGGAACUGGAUUUUUGACGAAGCCUUGGUCGAUCUUAGCUACUCGGGACAGAAAUAUACUUGGAAGCGGGGAAGGGAGGAAGAUACCUUUACGGGUGCCAGGUUGGACCGCGCUUUAUGCUCUAUGGAUUGGAUGGACUUGACCCGGGACACCAAAGUGACUCACCUCCCGGCCGUGAGCUCCGACCACUGUCCGAUAUUGAUUGAACUUGACCCCAAAACUAGUAAGGAGAAAAACAAUUUUGUAUUCCAAGGGGCCUGGACUAGGCACCCGCCCUUUCUUGACUAUAUCACAAAGCAUUGGAAUGUGGGGGAUACUGUGUGGAACAACAAAGAUGCUGACAACUCUUGCGUGCAUAGGGUGAAAUGGUAUCUCGGAGUCUUAUCAGAUGCUAUGGCUCUAAAGCUCAAGGCGUGGAAUGCCAAUGUUUUUGGGAAUAUUCACUAUAGAAAAAACAAGAUUUUGAGACAUCUCGAGGGGGUACAAAAGAAGUUGGAUGCUGGAAAUCACUCUAGGCUUAUUAAGUUGGAAAAGAAACUAAGAAAUGAACUAAAGGAAACCCUUUGCCAGGAGGAAAUUCUUUGGUAUCAGCAGUCUAGGGAAGAGUAG